AUAUCUUCACUGACAUUACUCUGCACAACAUACUGACUCAGAAUGAUGAAGUUCAGCACAUCUGCCUUCAUGCUUCUGAUCUGCACAGCUGCACUGCUGUCCACAACAGAGGGAGCUAAACAAAUCCAGCUACGCUGUGAGUGUAUUAAAACACAUUCAGACCCAAUCCCAUUCAAACUUAUACAGUCACUGAGGGUGAAUGAAGCUGGACCACACUGCAAAAAUGAGGAGAUCAUUGCCACAAUGAAGAAAGGAACGACAUGUCUUAAUCCUGCAAAAGACUGGGUGAUUUCUCUCAGGGAAAAAUUCAACAAGAAGAAUGUCAAGAGUCAACAGUGAAUGAAUAUCACUGUUCAAAGAGCAACUGAAGAAACUGGUUCAACUAUAAUGUAAUAUAGGAUUUUUUUUAUUUUAUUUUGUCAUCUCUCUGUGAAAAAUUAAGUAUUGAAUGUGAAAAUAUCAUAUUUUUGUACUAUGAGUUUUGAAAAUGUACAUCUUAUUUGUGAAAAUAGUACCAAAGCAAUUCUGACCAUGUGUGUAUAUAAUAUCAACAGCUAAACUGUUUGUACAAUGUUAUAAUUCAUUAGAAAAAUAAAUGUUUCUGAAUUGAGAAUUCACACAGUAAAAUUGAUCAGAAGCUUUGUUUUGUGCCCAUUGACCCAUUUUUGUGUUGUUUUAAGGUUUGUUUCAAGAUUACAGUCCGGUUGUAAGAUCCAAACAUGGCCCAUUAUAA